AUGCCAGGCACCGUGCAACUAUUGGCCGGCUACGCGACAGUGACACUUCGUCCAUUUGGUACUAUCUUUCCUCGACCAGCUUCCUCGACCUCCAAAUUGAGGCCCCCCCCGUUUUCUGGUGGUUCACAAGAAGCCAAAAACGGCACCCUCGGGCCCCCUCGACGCUCUGUACAGGUUAUAGACCAGCCUCAACACGAUGAAGACUGCCCGCCUAUCGACGACGAUUUUGACAGCACUAGCGACCCGGACAGCCUUUUCGACAGCAGCGAUGAUGAGGCGGACACGGCAAGCGACGCUGACUCGGAGACUCCUCUGGAGGAGGUCGGCAACGAUACCGACGACGACGAUAGCCUCUUCGAGGGAGAAGUACGGCAGCCACCGGAGAUACUCGACCGCGCUGUGAUCUUUCUUGCAUGGGGUGUAUGGCUCGGAACGGUAUUCAUGAUCACCUGGCCUCCUGAUCGGCCAUCUGGGCCCGCUGCCGACGGAGAUACAUCUUGGAGUCAAGAGACAUGGCGGGGUCGGGUGCUCUACGCCAUCGUGUUUUCGCCCGUUGGCUGUAUAAGUCGCUUUUAUGCGUCAGUCCAUUUGAAUGGAAUAUCGGCCUCUUUUCCCAUCGGUACUUUUGUCGUUAACAUGUUUGGAACCAUCGUGUUGGGAGUGUCUUGGGAUUUACAGCGUGCUCCUCUCGAAGCUGGCCAGAUUGGAGGAGUGGCCGGCUGCCAGGUCUUGCAAAGCGUGCAAGACGGGCUCUCCGGCUGUCUAACGACGGUGAGUAAGUGGGUGUUGGAACUGUCAAGUUUAAAGAGGCGACACGCCUAUUUUUAUGGUGCUAUGAGCGUCGGGGUUGCGUUGGCUACCUUGGUAGCUAUCAUGGGUAGUCUGAGCUGGACGAGGGGGUUCUUGGAGCCAGCUUGUUCUAUCUAG